AUGGCGGACGACGACGAGUACCCCCCAGCGAGGACGCUGCCGGAGACGCCGUCCUGGGCGGUGGCCCUCGUCUUCGCCGUCAUGAUCAUCGUGUCCGUCCUCCUGGAGCACGCGCUCCAUAAGCUCGGCCAUUGGUUCCACAAGCGGCACAAGAACGCGCUGGCGGAGGCGCUGGAGAAGAUCAAGGCGGAGCUCAUGCUGGUGGGCUUCAUCUCGCUGCUGCUCGCCGUGACGCAGGACCCCAUCUCCGGGAUAUGCAUCUCCGAGAAGGCCGCCAGCAUCAUGCGGCCCUGCAAGCUGCCCCCUGGCUCCGUCAAGAGCAAGUACAAAGACUACUACUGCGCCAAACAGGGCAAGGUGUCGCUCAUGUCCACGGGCAGCUUGCACCAGCUGCACAUAUUCAUCUUCGUGCUCGCCGUCUUCCAUGUCACCUACAGCGUCAUCAUCAUGGCUCUAAGCCGUCUCAAAAUGAGAACCUGGAAGAAAUGGGAGACAGAGACCGCCUCCCUGGAAUACCAGUUCGCAAAUGAUCCUGCGCGGUUCCGCUUCACGCACCAGACGUCGUUCGUGAAGCGGCACCUGGGCCUCUCCAGCACCCCCGGCGUCAGAUGGGUGGUGGCCUUCUUCAGGCAGUUCUUCAGGUCGGUCACCAAGGUGGACUACCUCACCUUGAGGGCAGGCUUCAUCAACGCGCAUUUGUCGCAUAACAGCAAGUUCGACUUCCACAAGUACAUCAAGAGGUCCAUGGAGGACGACUUCAAAGUCGUCGUUGGCAUCAGCCUCCCGCUGUGGUGUGUGGCGAUCCUCACCCUCUUCCUUGACAUUGACGGGAUCGGCACGCUCACCUGGAUUUCUUUCAUCCCUCUCGUCAUCCUCUUGUGUGUUGGAACCAAGCUGGAGAUGAUCAUCAUGGAGAUGGCCCUGGAGAUCCAGGACCGGGCGAGCGUCAUCAAGGGGGCGCCCGUGGUUGAGCCCAGCAACAAGUUCUUCUGGUUCCACCGCCCCGACUGGGUCCUCUUCUUCAUACACCUGACGCUAUUCCAGAACGCGUUUCAGAUGGCACAUUUCGUGUGGACAGUGGCCACGCCCGGCUUGAAGAAAUGCUUCCAUAUGCACAUCGGGCUGAGCAUCAUGAAGGUCGUGCUGGGGCUGGCUCUUCAGUUCCUCUGCAGCUAUAUCACCUUCCCGCUCUACGCGCUCGUCACACAGAUGGGAUCAAACAUGAAGAGGUCCAUCUUCGACGAGCAGACGGCCAAGGCGCUGACAAACUGGCGGAACACGGCCAAGGAGAAGAAGAAGGUCCGAGACACGGACAUGCUGAUGGCGCAGAUGAUCGGCGACGCGACGCCCAGCCGAGGGGCGUCGCCCAUGCCUAGCCGGGGCUCGUCGCCAGUGCACCUGCUUCACAAGGGCAUGGGACGGUCCGACGAUCCCCAGAGCACGCCAACCUCGCCAAGGGCCAUGGAGGAGGCUAGGGACAUGUACCCGGUUGUGGUGGCGCAUCCAGUGCACAGACUAAAUCCUGCUGACAGGAGAAGGUCGGUCUCGUCGUCGGCACUCGAUGUCGACAUUCCCAGCGCAGAUUUUUCCUUCAGCCAGGGAUGA